GAUGUUCGGCAAAUACAAAGACGAUUAAUUAUUAUGUCACAUCACAUGAAACAACUAAUCUUUAAUGUUUAAACCCCACAAUUACAGAGAAAACAAUGUACCUCUGAACUGUUUCCUACUAAACAAUGCACCCCUUUCAGUGACGCUGUGGAGCUGUAAUCGCUUUGUGAUUCUUUUGGAGUUAGGGUUUUCCAUUUCUCAUCCAAAACAGUAGACAUUCCAGGCAAAUGGAGGUAGCUCAAUGGUUGAAGUUGGCAGUCCUAGUAGUAGUCCUCUUUGUGUUUGCAGCUAAGUUUACAUUCCACAGACUUGGAAACCCCAAGAACCUCCCACCUAUUCCACCAACCCGUCCUAUAAUAGGUCACCUCCACUUGCUAAAGCAACCAGUUCACCAAACUCUACACGAACUUUCUUUGAGGUAUGGUGACAUCUUAUUUCUACAAUAUGGAACUCGUAAAGUCCUAGUGAUCUCCUCACCGUCUGCAGUUGAAGAGUGCUUUACUAGAAACGAUGUCAUAUUUGCGAACCGUCCUCACUCGCUUGCUGGGAAGCAUCUCAAUUACAACUCUUCGACUAUGGGUUUCUCCUCCUACAGCGACCACUGGCGCAAUCUCAGGCGUCUCACAACCACAGAACUCUUCUCUACUAGCCGUACUGCAAUGUUCUCUGGUAUUCGAACAGAGGAGGUUCGGUUGUUGCUCAAACAACUAUUUCAGGACUCAAGAAGAGAAUCAGCUAAGGUAUUGCUCACAUCAAAGUUCUUGGAGCUUACUUUCAAUAACAUGAUGAGAAUGAUAGCAGGAAAGCGUUAUUAUGGAAAAGCUGUCAUGGAUCAAGAAGGAGAAUUGUUGCAGGACACCAUUAAAGAAAUGGAGGCACUUCGUGGAAGUUCAAAUCUAAAUGAUUACUUUCCAGUGCUACAGUGGGUGGAUUACCAAGGGGUUGAGAAAAGGAUGCUGAGAUUGAAGAAGAAGAUGGAUAAAUUCUUGCAGGCCCUCAUUGAAGAGCAUCGGAAAGCAAGGAGUGACUCAUAUUCAUCAGAGAAUCUGUCUGAUGCAAGCAAACAGAAGAGAAACAUGACUUUGAUUGAUGUUAUGUUAUCAGUCAAAGAGACAGAACCAGAAUUCUAUACUGAUCAAACCAUAAAAGGUGUUAUACUGUCAACACUGACUGCAGGAUCUCAAACUUCAGCAGCUACUCUAGAUUGGGCAAUGUCGCUUCUCCUAAACCAUCCAGAAGCAAUGCAAAAGGCUUUUGCUGAAAUUGAAGCCGUUGUUGGACAAGAGCACCUAUUGAAUGAAACUGAUGUACCAAAACUAAGUUACCUGCAAAACAUAAUUAACGAGACAUUUCGACUCUUUCCACCUGCGCCGCUUUUAUUACCACACGAAUCAUCCGCAGAUUGCACUGUUUGUGGGUUUUAUGUGCCGCGCGGAACGAUGUUACUGGUCAAUACAUGGAGCAUGAACAGAAACCCCAAGCUUUGGGUGGAGCCAACAAAAUUCAUGCCAGAGAGAUUUGAAGGUGGAGAAGGAGAAGGGUACAAACUGCUUCCAUUUGGUGCUGGAAGGCGGGCAUGUCCAGGGGCUGGUCUGGCCAAGCGAGUGAUAGGUCUAACAUUAGGUUGCUUGAUUCAGUCCUUUGAGUGGGAAAGAGUUGGCAAGGAAGAGAUCAACAUGGAAGAGGGAACAGGGCUUACCAUGCCCAGAGCUAUUCCAUUGCAAGCACAGUGCAGACCUCGAAAUGCCAUGAUCAAACUACUCUCCACACUAUGAAGCGCUGCAGUGUACAAACUAGCUCCUUUGUUAUAAGUUAUAGGAUUGUUUUCUUCCCGGUGUGAAGGAUGGCUUCUUUCUUUGUAACAUCAUAUAAGUAGAUCACUCUUGAGGUGCGCAGUUCAUUUCAGGUGCACCAGAACAACACCAAUAAAUAA